GUAACUGCACGCUGCUCCGUCUGCGCUAGAGAGAGAGAGGGAGAGAGCGAGGGAGCGCGACAGAAACCGAGUGCUCCUCCGUGGAUCUCACCGGAGCCCCUCUCCUUCCCUUCUCUCUGUUCCGUCCACUCCUCUCUCGCUGUCGGGUGUCCGUUUGAGUUGGAGGAGGCCCGGGGAGGACACACAAUGGAGCGAAGAGCCCGUGGCAACUGGGCCGUUGUGUUGCUGAGAGGGGGAUGGGGUGGAGAGGAGACCGGUUCACACAGCUAACACAGCCAGCUGGCUGCAGGCCUCCACCACCUCUUUUCCCUGCCUGGAUCUACUCUCUCCCCAGGCUCCUCUCUGGGGCCUUUUCCCGGAACAACUACCCGCAAACUCGGUUUGGACCAGGCUAAGGAUUACUGAAAUGUGUCCCGCAGGAUUUUUAGGAUACAUGCCGGAGCCCAAAGAAUAAAUCCUCCUCGUGUUUUUGGAGGAGAGUGAACAAGGAAAAACAAACUUCUCUCUCUCUCUUGUUUUUUUGUUUUGUUUUGUUUUUCCUUAGUUUGGGUUUCUGUCAAGUGGAGUUCAUUAAUGGAUUACAAGAUGCAUGCCAAGUCAAACGAUUUGCUGGAUUUUCAGAAAUUGGAUGCCCUCUUGGAAAAAAUUGCACACUCAGUCUCUGUGAAAAGAGAGUCCAGUGAGGAGUGCAAUGGGAUCAGCGGUGCUCUGUCAGUGGAGUCUGUGCCGGGGCCAAGACUGAACUGGUGUCCUGCCAACACCGCCACCCCGGCUCCUGCCCCAGCUCCCGCUCCCGCCCUGGGACCCGAGCCCACACCCCACCCUGUUAGCAUGGGGGAUGGCCUAGAUGCAGCACAGAUGUCAGGCAGCAGCAGCAGUCAGGGGCAGCCCCCCACACAGCCCCAUCUCUCCAUCAACCCUCCACCCCCGGAGUACAUUAACCCCAACAGGCCAAAGCGCCAGACCAACCAGCUGCAGUACCUGCUCAAGGUGGUUCUGAAGGCUCUGUGGAAGCACCAGUUCUCAUGGCCUUUUCAGUCGCCAGUGGAUGCCGUCAAACUCAACCUGCCUGACUAUUACACAAUAAUCAAAUGUCCUAUGGACAUGGGAACAAUCAAGAAAAGGCUUGAGAACAGUUACUACUGGAAUGCCCAAGAAUGUAUUCAAGACUUCAACACCAUGUUUACCAACUGCUAUAUAUACAACAAGUCUGGAGAUGACAUUGUCUUAAUGGCUGAGGCAUUGGAGAAGCUUUUCCUCCAAAAGGUCUCGGAAAUGCCUGAGCAAGAGACAGAGAUUGUUGUCAUGACCGGCAAAGGACGAGGUCGAGGCCGGCGAGAGGGAGGUAUGCCAUUUUCUCUUCCAGGUCUGAACAUGAAACCAGGGCCCAUCGUCGAUUCUCCGUCCACAACCCCACACACGCGCGGUCUGUCCAACCUCCCUGUGACACCACAGAACAGAGGACCAGUGCAAGGCCCGCCUUCUCUACCUCCCCAGCCUAUGAUGCAGAGCCUGCCCUCCCGCGUUCCCCCUACGUUACCCAGCCAUGCGCCUGCGCUUGGUGCUCCCUACUCCAUGGGCCCAUCGGACUGCACCCCACAAGUCCCCAUUAUGACCUCUGUGCCUCCCCCGACCCAGACCACCCUUCCCCCUGCGUCCAUCCAGAGCACUGCCCCCAUGCUGCAGAACCCCGUUCCCAUGACCAAACAGAGAAAGAGCCAGAAAAGGAAAGCAGACACUACAACACCCACAGCUAAUGACCAAUUAAAUGAAUCCUCUCCGGCGGAGUCCAAGUCUGGGAAGACCUUGCCCAGGCGAGAGAGCACACGGCCCAGUAAACUGAUCAAGAAGGAUGCCCCUGACUCCCAGCAUCAUUUGGGCAUGGGCAUGGGACUGAGUGGACCAAGUGGAGGCCAUAGCCCCAAGCCGCAGGAUCAACUGGGCUACUGCGCCAGCCUCGUCAGGGAGAUGCUCUCCAAGAAGCAUGCCAAUUAUGCCUGGCCAUUCUACAAACCUGUGGAUGUGGACGCAUUGGGACUACACGACUACCAUGAAAUUGUCAAGCACCCCAUGGACCUUAGCACCAUCAAGGCCAAGCUGGAGAACAGACAAUACAGGGAAGCCCAGGAAUUUGCUGCUGAUGUACGGUUAAUGUUUUCCAACUGCUACAAGUAUAAUCCACCAGACCACGAAGUGGUGGCAAUGGCACGCAAGCUACAGGAUGUGUUUGAGAUGCGUUUUGCUAAGAUGCCAGAUGAACCCGAGAGCAAGCCGCUGGUGUCUGCUCCUGCUCCCGCACUCCACCACCCGGCGCCUGUCAAGCCCCAGCCACCCGUCAAGCCACAGCCGCCAAUGAGUCGCAUCGCCUCUUCCUCUGACAGCUCCAGCGAUUCAUCCUCCGAGUCCGAGUCCUCUACAGACGACUCAGAAGAGGAGAGGGCCCAGAGGUUGGCUGAGCUCCAGGAGCAGUUUCCUAUCUCGAUACAGCUGAAGGCUGUUCACGAGCAGCUGGCUGCCCUCUCCCAGCCCCAAGCCAGCAAACCAAAGAGGAAAGAGAAAGAGAAGAAAGAGAAGAAAAAAGAUAAGCAUAAGAAGAAAGGAGGCAUGUCAGGCCUGGUGGAUGAAAUCCAGGACCCCACGCCGCUCCCGCAACACCAGAAGAAAACCAAGACCAGUACCAAUGCCACAAACAAGGAGGUCCUCCCCAAGAAAAAGCCCAGUAAAAAAGAGGGAACAAAAAACAACCUACCACCUGUUCCCGUACUGGAAGACGACUUGGGCGCACCGGGGUCGUCGGCUGCAGGGGAAAAGUGCAAGCCCAUGUCCUACGAGGAGAAGAGGCAGCUUAGCCUGGACAUCAACAAGCUACCUGGAGACAAGCUGGGCCGCGUAGUGCACAUCAUCCAGUCCAGAGAGCCCUCGCUCAAGAACUCCAACCCAGACGAGAUUGAGAUCGACUUCGAGACACUCAAGCCCUCCACUCUACGGGAGCUGGAGAGAUACGUGUCCUCCUGCCUCCGCAAGAAGAAAAAGGUUCCCGCAGUUGAGAAGCCAUUGGAAGCCAUGAUUGCCAACAAAAAGGCUGGGUCCUCUUCUGAGAACAGUGGCUCUAGUUCGGACAGUGAGGGUGGAGAGAGAGGAAUGAUUCAGAAGCAGCAGAAGAGGAAAGGGCAAUCUGCAAAGGAGGGGAAGAAGAUGCAUUCCCAUGUUCAGGGAGGCGCUGCAGCUCAGGCUGGGCUUCAUCCCCAGGGUCCGGGCCUCCAGCCUAGCGGCCAGAUGAAGCAGCAUCAGCCGUCUCCUGCAGGCUUCAUGGCCCCACCAGUCACAGCCCUUGAGUCUUCCCAGAUGCUGGAGAACAGCUUCGACUCCCUGCCCCACUUUGGCCAGCCGCUCAUGCACCUGUCUCACCACACUGGCAAUGCCUCCUCACCUGCACCCCCUCACCUCAACUCCCACCCCACCGCUGGGCCCGUCUCCCCGGAGACUCAUCCCUUCCUCAACCAGCAUCCUGUCCUCCCGUCUCCAGCCCUACACAACGCCAUGCCCCAGCAGCCCUCCCGGCCCAGUAGCAAGGCAGCCCCUCUACCUCCCAAACCCCCCCAGCAGCAGUCAGCACCCCCUCAGCAGCAGCCAAACCUGCAGCAACAACAACAACCACAACAGCAGCAGCUCCAGCCCCAGUCGGCAGCCCCACCUCAGCACCAACUGUCUUCUCACAUUCUCCAGCCCCCUCAACCCCUGCACCAGCGGCCCCUGUCUCCCCCAACACUGACCCCGCAAGGCCUGCUCUCCUCCCAGCCACCUCAGAUGCUGCUGGAGGAUGAUGAGGAGCCGGGGCCCACGAUGCCCCUGAGUCAAGUGCAGCUGUACCUGCAGCAACUCCAGCAAGGCCGCCAGCCCUCGCAGCACCCCCCACAGCUCAUGCAGUCCCUCCAGGCCCAGACUCGGCAGCAGCAAACACAGCAGCAGCAGCUGGGGCAGGCACCCCUCCUGCAGUCUGUCCAGGUGCAGUCACAGUUGUCCUCCCAGACAUCCUUGCCUCCCUCACAGCUCUCGGUCCAGUCUCAGGCCCAGUUAGCCCCAUCACAACAGACCCAGCCCCCACAGCUGCCCCCUCACCCAGCCCGCCACAUGCAGCACACUCAGCAGCCUCAGCAGCAACAGAUGGGCUACCAGCAGGGCCCCGGACAGGCUUCUCAGAGCCAGGGCUCUCAACACAAGGUGUCUAUGCCCACUAGCAAAGCACAGCAUAUCAUCCAGCAGCAGCAGCAACAACCCUCCCCUCGUCAGAUGAAGGCUGACCCUUACAGCACAGGCCACCUGAGGGACAACCCCUCUCCUCUCAUGAUGCAUUCCCCUCAACUACCGCAGUACCCACCUGUGGGUCACCAGUCUCCGCCUCACAACAUGCAGUCCAAAAAGCAGCAGAGGGCCCCUGGAAGCCACAGCGGGGUAAAGGAGGAGAAGCUUCCUCCCUCGCCAGUGAUGAGAGGAGAGUCCUUCAACCCUGCCAUGAGACCAGACCAUCACAAACAUCUUGAUAACAAGCCCUCUCUACCAGGCCACGGCCAGCAGAAUGUGAAGUCCACAGACAGUUCUCGGCCCGUCAUCCGCUCCUCUGAGUCCGGUGGGCCGCCCCCUUCCCUGCAAGAUAAGGAUAAAUUCAAGCAGGAGUCCAAGGCAUCUGUGGCACCUAAAAAGGUACAGGAUGUGAAAUUGAAGAACAUGGGCUCAUGGGCCAGUCUGGCACAGAAGUCCACGUCAGCGCCCUCAUCUGCGGUAAAAUCAUCAAGUGACAGUUUUGAGCAGUUCCGCCGGGCUGCCCGUGAGAAGGAGGAGAGAGAGAAAGCUCUGAAGGCCCAGGCCGAGCAGGCGGAGAAGGACCGGCUCCGUAGAGAGCAAGAGAAGCUACGGGGCCGGGAUGAAGAGGAUAUCCUGGAGCCCAGCAGAAGGGUACAUGAGGAGCCUCGCAGACGGCUGGAGCAGCAGCAGCAGCACAUGCAGCCUCCCUCGCAGCAGCAGCAGCAAGACCCCCAGCCUGUCACUGUACAGCAACCUCCCCAACCCCCCACACCGCCCCAGCCCCCAGCACAGAAUCCACUGGACCAACAGAGGGAGCUAGCCCGCCGUCGAGAACAGGAGAGGAGGAGGAGAGAAGCGAUGGCGGCAACCAUUGACAUGAAUUUCCAAAGUGACUUAAUGGCUAUCUUUGAGGAGAAUCUGUUUUGAGGAGGACAGCCACUGAGACGUAACUGCAAAAGUUACAAGGACGCAAACUAACUCUAAAGAGAGAUUGGCGACCGUGUACCACAGAGGAACUAGAAGAAUCUAUGUAAACAGAACUAGGUUUUAUAGCGUGAUGAGUGGUCACUGCUUUUAUUGUCCAUGGACCGAAAGGACGCGAUGGACAGGGAUACUCGUAAUCUUUUCAUCUGAUGUCAUUUCCUCGGGACUUGGCGCUGUCUGCCCAGCUUUUACCGAGAGAGAGAGAGAGCAAGGACUCUUGCUGUCAUGCUCGCCGUUGUCACCCCGGCUUACUGCGUGGUGUUUGCGGGAGCAAAGGCAAACUGUUAAUCGUAGGAGGAAAAGACAUCCCAAUAACUAUGAAAUGCUCUGAUAAUGUACUGACAGACUGCGCCGAGGCACUCUGAAACCACCAGAUGUCCAAGGUGGCGGAGAAGACCGGUCUUUUGUGUUCUGUUUGUGUUUCGUUUCUUCGUUGUAAGUAAAGAGACAUGCAAUGGCGGUGGU